ACAGGUUCAGAGCACAUCAUGGAUGCCACACCAACAAUACGUUAUGCAACCAACGGGGGCCGUGAUCACGCCAGCCAUGGAGCACAGCAUGUCCAUGCAGCCAGCCAGCAUGAUGGGGCCUCUCACCCAGCAGAUGAACCAUCUGUCCCUGGGCACAGCAGGAAGUUAUAUGACCACCGCUGGCCCGCCUAUGCAGGGAACCUACAUUCCCCAGUUCACUCCUGUGCCUCCAGCUGCCGUCCCAGUCGAAGGCGUGGUCGCUGACGCCUCACCUCAGACGGUGGCCCCCUCAUCGCAGGAGGCCGGCGGACAGCAGCAGGUACAGGUUGAGCCCGCCAGUGACCAUGUUCCUGCCUACUCGUACCAGUCCAAGUAACACGAGCGAUCCUGUGACAGAGUUGCCCUGAGAUGGGGGACGUGCACUGAGACCCGAGGAGAGAGGUGGCAUCCAGACGGACCGGGCACCGGACACAUCCCUCCCCGAAAGCUGUCCCAGGACGCUCAGAGUGGGGGCUUCGCCUGGUGCCCGCAGCUACGUCAGACUGAGGCUUGAAACAUUUUUCCAUUUUUCCAAGAGAUUCAUCAAAUUCAAAAACAGGCUGAAAAGCCAACAAAAAAAUGUUUGAAUGUGUGAGUAGGUGACAUACUGAAGGAAGGCGCGAGUUUCCAAAAAACAGCCUGUCUUCCUCAGACAAUAAGAUAAUCUUUCUUUUAAUUUUUUUUCUUACAUUAAAUGUUAGAGUUUUUUUAGAGAACUUCAGAAGUGUUUUUUUCAUGAAUCUUUAUUGCCUUAAUUUUAAGGACGACAGAGACUUUCCACAAGGUUCAAUCAAGCAUCAUCUGAAAUAAAACAGAAAUGGAAUUAAAUGAAUUUGUCCCGUGAAGCAGCUGAUGGUUCUAUGCUACCAGAGGAGACCCUGAGAGGGUCUUCUGAUAAAUAAGCUAUACGGACGUAACAGAGGGCAGUUUUUUAAUCUUCGCUAGAAGAAAACGUUAAAUAUCACGUCAAUGGCAAAAACAAAGGUAGAGAGAAAAUCUCCAUAAGUGGAACAUCAGAGUUUCGCUAAGAGGGAAAAAUACCGCAUUAUGGAAAAUGUGGUUCUGUUGCUAGAAGGUUCCGCUUGUUUUUUUUUAUUAUUGUUAUCGUUAUGACUAUGAUUACAAUGGGCAGAAUUGCUGUUGAUGACGUACUGCUUUUUAUCUGUGACCUUUUUUAUGAGCUUAAAGAUGUUUUUAGUCUGCUUUGCUUGUCACACUGAAAAAAAAAAAAUUAAAAGUAAAAAAUAAAACUCGCGGUGAAAAGUACAUAAAUGCCGUAGGAGUCGAUGGUCUAACCUAAUCAAUAUAAAAGCAAUAGGACAAAUCGUUGGCAGUUUCUCUAAUCUUUCGUAGUUGUGGAUCAAAUGCAGGCCGAAGGGCCAUUUUUAUACCAAAGAUGAAGAAGAACUGAAACAGAUGUUUGACUUUUUUCCAGGUAUAUUUUCUAAUUCCCCUGGCUGUCAUCGCCCGUGUCGUUGCGAUUGUAGGUUGUCGUCGUCGCUGUCGCUGUUGUUGUUGUUUUUCCUUCCCGGUUGACGGCCAGGUUGCUCAGCGACCCUCCCCUCUUCAGCUUCCUUUCCUGUUUUUUUGUUUUCUUUUCUACGGUUAACGCUGACACGCAGCCGAAGUGACAGGAGGCUGAUCGUCCUGCUAGCGUCUCCCAAAGCGGGGAAACCGGCAUUCUAGUAGUGCGGAGCCGGGAUUCGCCCACCCAGAAAGAAAAGCCGGGGGCAUCUAUUAGGGUAGGGGUGGGUGACAAGCCGGGAUCUGUGUAUGCAGGCUGUCCCUGCCUGGGGGGGCCUGGACACAUGACACCAUGGGGCGAGGGGCGCAUGCCAAGGCCAGUGUUCACAAACCCACAGAAGCCAUUUCCCACAUUUGUCACAAAGAAAAGCAAGUCCAAACAGAUCCGUCCUCCCCUUGUGUAUGUAUGUGUGAGUGUGCGUGUGUGAUUGUGUGUGUGUAUAAACUUUCCAGGCUACCUCAGUCUCUGUUGUGUCAUGGUGUAUGUAAACGAAAAACAAUGCUUCUUAAUAGUCUGGGAGUGUGGUGGCAUUCUGGUGACAUUUUAGAUCUAUGGCCUCCCCAGUUCUGGGCAGAAUGACAGGAAUGACAUGGGGGGCAGGGAGUAAAAUCUGACGAGGUGGCCUGGUGGAUGGGGAGUUGCUGGUGGAAAGGACCGGAUCCCGCCCAGCCCCCAGAGGGCCGAGGGAGAGGACAAAUGAAGGCCUCAGUGCUCCACCAUCACACCAUCAGCAUGGCGCCAUUAAGACCCUCCCUGGCCCUCAAACCCCAUUUCACAGCCUCCCAGUAUUACCCACUCUAGUUUACAGUCUCCCACUGUGACCCACCCCAGUUCACAAUCUGCCACUAUGACCCAGUCUCGCUCGCAUCCUCCCAAACCGUCCAAACCCAGUAAUCUGUCCCCUUACGACCCACAUUGUCCAGCUGAAACUGCUACAUUACUAUCAAAAGAGGUGCCCCCCCAGUUCCCUUUCCAGGUUUUUAAGACUCAGUUUCCCAUGAAUGCUUGGUGCUAUGAAAAUACAAAGUAUGGCAAGUUGCACACUGGGGAACGUAUGAAACUGCCAGUUACUAAUUUGGAAUCGGGAAUUGAAGCUUGAGUAAGCUCAUUUUAGCAGGGUAGACUGCUAGCACAGUAAACAUGAGGAAGUGCAUUUUAAACUGGGUUUUAGUGGAACUCGCUUUCUGAGUUGCUUGGAUGGGGAUUCUGGCACACAGGGGCUGCUCUGCGGUGUCUGGCUGCCUUCAGAACACUUCCGUCGGUGCUGGUUUGUGUUGGGGUGGUUCCUCUUCUACCGUUUACUUUUUUAUUUCUGUGUGAUUUUCCUUAAGAAUAAAAUAUAAAUAUUGCUCUGGAUUCAGGCUCUUGUUUUGGGGAGAAAUGUUAACACCUGAGAGUCCCUGGAGGUGAACCUCUCGUCACUUUAUGGCUGUCAAUCAAAAAGGGAACGUACUCUGAUGCAGUUGAAGCAAUUGAUUCUACACAGGCUGGGAACAUGUAGCAUAUUGGGUUAACAGCUCUUAAAUAUUGAUAUUUUUUAAUGAGAACAAUCUUUCAAGGAAAGAAUGAAUGUCUGCUUUAUGGAGGAAAAGCCUUUGUGGAAGUCCAAUGGAAUGAAAAAUGGGAAACAACUGGUGAGUGGCUGUCACGGUCUGAAAAGCAUAGGAUCCACAAAUGUAGUCUUCCUGUACAGUUAAGUCCCACCCCAUCCUCUCUUCCUCACGCUUUCAUUGGUGGUGAUUGACAUGCAAUAGGAGUACAGAAUUUCAUACCUGUCACUGUCAGUCAUCAGACAUCAUUCUUUAAACAACCUCAAGACAUACGAUGUUGAUGCCUCAACACGAUACAAAUGUUGGGGUCUCAGAGAGGCUGUAGGCUUUAAGUCCACAGUGUGACAAUUUUUGGAAGAUGAAUCACAAUCAAAUCAAAAAUGUGUUGCCAUAACACUGGCCUUUUCCAAUCCUGCAAACUUAACAUCUCUGGCAGCAGGUUCUGGAAGAAGGUACCUGUUCAAAGCCCUGACUGUGUCCUGGACUUACCCAGGUUGAGCGCUCACCUCUGUGAACUGCACAGAUCACAGGGCAGGCAAGAUGAAGGCCCGUGGUCCUGUCUGAUGCAGAGACCUACAGAGUCUUUACUUUCAGCCAGAAAUGUGGGGAGGGUGUUUGGGUCUGAACACCCCUCAACACUAAAUGGAGACCUUUCCUCUUCCCCUAUUGUCCUGCAGUGUCCAGCUCUUCUGUUUUAGGCUGGUAAGGUGCUCAGGUUGAAACCUAAAUUAACCUUUUGUUGGAAGAUGUUUAAUAUGUAAAUAUUCUUGAAAAUAUGUUUCAAAGUCUAGAAAUAACUAGAAAUAUCGAUGAGAAUGGGAGGAAUCCCUAUUCCCAGAAAUCUGUCACAGGAAAAUCAUAACAUCGGCUUGGUAAAACGGUACAGGACGAAAAACGACCUGGCAACCCUUAAAACCACGAGUCCCUUGCCGUGGUGCCGCACUGCCUGGGAAACAUUGCCAGGGACUGAUUGUCCUUAAUAGUGUUGAAAGAAACCAUAGACAUGACUGACAUCUGAAUGGCGGCAACUGUGCAUGCAAAUGUGUGUCUGUGAUUCGCACACGGCUGAUGAGGCUUGCAGACACGCUCAGAAGUGCACUCAGACCCCAGGAGGAUGCAGUCUGCUUUCAGGACACGGUACUGGCACUGUGCAGGGAGUGGGUUUCCUAGUGUGCGUCAGGCUUUAACACGCAAGCAUGGCUGCCACCCCCACCCCCCACUGCAACUUCCCUCCCUCCAAAUCCACACUCUCAGAAACUCACUCCAUCGCCCCCUGCUGGUAGCAAACUUCACUAAUGUCACUCACCUCGAGGAGAGUUCCAAACUCUCCAAUCCGGUCUGUACCACGCAGUACCUCGGUGAAGGGGGUAGAAACUUCAAUGUGUAACCCCAUCCCUGCAAUGCAGAGCAAAAAUCUUUCAAAGUCUGGGCCGGCCUCCCCUACCUAGUUGGGCACCUUGGAAUUAACUCUCAGUCUCUGCUUUAAGGGAAAUCCCAUUACCGGAGAAAGGUUCGAGGAUGGAUCGAGGAACCCUACAUGACAGAUAUAUGUCAACUGGCACAAAGGAGCCACGGGUCCUUCAGUCUCGACAUGUCAGAGGAAUGACGUGUGUGUGACAAGAGAGCUCGCUGUUUAGCCAAAUAUUGAACGCUGAAUAUCGAUUAGACCCACCCAUGCGAGUUCGGAUCCAGAAAAUUAAAAUUACUGGCAGUACGGAGAGGAAAUUUUUAAAGAAAAGAAAACAAAACUAUUAGACGUUAAAUUAUGAAGAGAUUAAUAUUUAUGUAAUCCUUUUUGUGGGCAUGUUUGAAAGAGGUCAGCUGAACAAGUGCUUCUAUGAAGAUUAUAUUUAUUAUUAUUAUUUUUACAUUUGAGAUGCCGUCACGGUCAACCCUCGUGCCCAUCGUGUCUUUGGAUGUGAUACGGAGAUUUUCUGUCUAUGGAUGUUAGUUUCAAAAUUCUGUUUAAGUUCAAAUAAACUCUUUGAGGAAGCUUUCAAUAAAAAAAAUUGAAAAAUAAAA